AUGCUAUCCGAACAUUUGCCUCUCCGAGCAGUUCUAAGACUGUUCCAAUCACUUUUUCAUAUCUCAAAAUGCAAAAGUUUUCUUUUUUUCAUCCUUCUCACAACCAAUCUUCAAAAAUUUGCAUAUGGCAGUACUGACGAAAAACGUUUGUACACUGACUUACUUGCUGAUUACAAUGCACUGGAACGACCUGUGAGUAAUUCAAGCAUUCCAUUAGUAAUCAAAAUGCGACUUUUUCUGCAACAAAUUGUCGAUGUAGACGAAAAAAAUCAAGUUGUGCAGAUCAACGCGUGGAUCCGAUAUAUUUGGGAGGAUUACAAGUUGAAAUGGGAUCCCGAAAAGUAUGCAGGCAUCAAAGAUUUACACUUUCCCGGAAAUGACGGACAAAUAUGGAAGCCGGAUAUAUUGCUGUACAAUAGUAAAAAUACUUGGAAAAUUUUGCAUAAAUAUACUUGUUCACUUGCUUACAGUGCUGACGACAACUUUGAUUCAACUUUCAAAAGUAAUUUACUAGUGUACAGUAGUGGUGAAAUUAACUGGAUACCGCCUGGAAUACUGAAAUUUAGUUGCAAAUUGGAUAUUACUUGGUUUCCAUUCGAUGAUCAGAUUUGCGGUUUGAAGUUUGGCUCAUGGACGCAUAAUGGUUUUGCGCUUGAUUUGCAAAUUGAUGCAGAUGACGACAAUUCAAUUGCGAAUCAUUUGGCUAAUUUUUUGCGUAAGAAAUGCUUUCUGAUGAAAAAAGUAUUUGGGGCAUUACACAUGAAUAUUCAAGCUCAUCAAAUGGACAUCAGUGAUUAUGUGCUUAACGGAGAAUGGGAUUUAAUUGCUACUCCUGCUGUACGCCAGGUAAAACGAUUCGUGUGCUGCCCGGAACCCUACCCAACAAUCACGUUUUAUUUGCAUAUCCGACGUAGAACACUUUAUUAUGGUUUUAAUCUAAUAAUACCAAGUCUACUAAUCUCACUAAUGACAGUUCUUGGUUUCACACUGCCACCAGAUGCUGGAGAAAAAGUUACAUUAGAAAUCACUAUUUUAUUAUCAGUGGUAUUCUUCUUAAGUAUGGUAGCAGAAAUGACACCCCCAACUAGUGAGGCUGUGCCAUUGAUUGGUUUGCUCAGUUCUUCUUCAACUGCUUUAAAUACAACCAAAAUGAAACUUUUUAUUCGAAAAAAGAGAGUGUUUUUCUCUUGCUGCAUGUUGGUUGUCUCCGCGUCCGUUGUCUUCACCGUUGUCGUAUUGAAUUUGCAUUUUAGAACACCAGAAAGCCACGUUAUGACUCCAUUUGUAAGACGUGUAUUACUGGAAUGGCUUCCCUGGCUGAUGAUGAUGUCGCGUCCAGGUACUGUAUACAGUUGCGGUGAAGCAUUUGCAGAAUCAGAAAAUAGCAGCAGAACGAAAGAAGACGAUUUCGAGCUCAUUAUGGAAGGAGUGUUCCCAAGUAGCAGCACUUCUGAUACACAAAUCUUGCUUCUUCACCGACUUUAUUUGCAGUUAAAAGAGAUUAAUAAUCGUAUGGAGGAAGAGGAAGAAUCACAACGUCUUCAGAAUGACUGGAAAUUCGGAGCAAUGGUUGUUGAUCGUGCUUGUUUGAUUUGUUUUUCUCUAUUCAUAACACUAUCAGUGUGUUCAAUCAUGCUCACCGCCCCUCAUUUAAAUGCUUAA